AUGCGAAUUGCAAUUAUCGGACAAUCGCUUUUUGGUGCUGAAGUACUGAAAGCAUUGCUUGAUAAAGGCUAUACGAUUGCUGUCGUGUUUACGGUGCCUGACAGAAACGGUCGUGAAGAUAUCUUAGCAUUAGAAGCAAAAAAAUUUGGUAUCCCAGUGAUUAAACAACUGAAAUGGCGACAAAAAGAUGCGGCUGGAAAAUUUCAUAUAAUACCAAAAGUUUUUGAAGAAUAUUCAAAAUUUAAAGUUGAAUUAAAUGUUCUACCGUUCUGUACACAGUUUAUUCCACAUGAAGUAAUUGAAUUUCCGGUUUACAAAUCAAUCAUCUAUCAUCCAUCGCUGCUUCCUGCUCAUCGCGGUGCAUCGGCUAUUAAUUGGACAUUGAUUUGUGGCGAUAAAUUAGCCGGUUUUUCUGUAUUUUGGGCAGACGAUGGUCUCGAUACUGGACCAAUUCUUUUGCAAAAAUCUUGUCAAGUUGAGGAAAACGACACGCAAACGACACUUUAUGACCGAUUCUUGUAUCCAGAGGGUAUUAAAGGAAUGGUAGAAGCUGUCAGUCUGAUAGCUGCCAAUAAAGCUCCUAGAAUAAUUCAGUCAGAAGAAGGAGCCAGUUAUGAUCCACAUAUUGCUGCAAAGCCCGACUUAGCCAAGUUGGAUUGGAAUAAAUCCCAAUGGGAAAUGCACAAUUUUAUUCGUGGAAACGAUAAAGUUCCGGGAGCGUGGAUUAUGGUGAAUGAUGAAAAAAUUUGUUUGUUCUCUUCAUCGCGAUACACUAUGUCAAAAGCACCGUCUAAUGCUCGGGAAAUUGAAGUAAAAGACGCUACCGGUGGCAAAAUUUUUGUUAUCUCUGAUGGUUUACUGCUGCCAGCAAGUGAUCGAAAAUUUGUACUGGUCAAAACUAUAAAGUUGCCAAAUGGACGAACAAUUGCUGCUGAAAAGUUUGGUUGUGAGGAGGAAGAAGAAGAAGUACUGGAGUUGAGUGCAGCUGAAAAGAAAAUCGAAAGUAAUCUCAGAGAUAUUUGGAAAGAAAUACUUGGCAUCGAAAUUGAAGAUGGAACAGAUUUCUUUGCUAAUGGUGGCACAAGUCAGGAUGUUACUCGGCUUAUUGAAGACACUCGUUUUAGGACAACUGCAUUACUGGAUAAUGCACAGGUGUAUAUGUCUUCGUCAUUUCGGCUGUAUGUUAAUGCUGUUGUCAACAAGUUACGAGGCGUUGGUACCGUUGAAGUUAAGUACGACAAGGUUGUGGUUUCUGUCAAUGGAAUAGAGCUUUGUUUCCCACAUCAAAUGUAUAUCAAUGGGAAAUUUGUAGACAGUCGUUCCGGAAGGCUGUAUGAUACAAUAAAUCCAACUACAGAGAAGUCAAUUUGCAAGAUACCUAAAGCUGACAAAAAAGAUGUUGAUGAUGCCGUAAUAGCAGCUCAAAAAGCGUUUGAGGAAGGUGAGUGGAGUAAAAUUUCAGCUCGAGAACGUGGUAAACUUUUGUACAAACUAGCUGAUCUUAUGGAGGAACACGCAGAGGAAUUGGCGACACUAGAAGCUUUAGACAGUGGUGCUGUCUAUACUUUAGCGUUGAAAACUCAUGUCGGUAUGAGCAUUGAUGUUUGGAGAUAUUUUGCUGGUUGGGCAGAUAAAAUUGAGGGUAACACGAUUCCGAUAUCCAAUGCGCGGCCGAACUACAACCUAUGCCUUACUGUUAAAGAAGCUAUUGGAGUGUGCGGUUUGAUCAUUCCAUGGAACUAUCCGCUGAUGAUGUUGUCAUGGAAAAUGUCGGCUUGUUUAGCAGCUGGUAAUACAGUGGUGAUAAAGCCGGCACAAGUAACUCCUUUAACAGCUUUAAAGUUUGCUGAGCUCUCAGCAAAAGCUGGAAUUCCACCAGGUGUAAUUAACGUUAUAACAGGUUCGGGUUCAGAAAUUGGUCAAGCCUUAUGUGAUCAUCCAGUAGUUAGAAAAAUUGGGUUUACUGGUUCAACGGAAGUUGGUGCUCAAAUUAUGAGUAGCUGCGCUUGUUCGAAUAUUAAAAAAGUUGCUCUCGAGCUUGGUGGAAAAUCGCCACUGAUCAUCUUUGAUGAUGCAGAUAUAGAUCGAGCAGUUAGGCAAACAUGUAAUGCUGUUUACUUCAACAAGGGGGAAAACUGCAUCGCUGCUGGUCGAAUAUUUCUUGCGGAUACCAUAUACGAUGCGUUUAUUAAGAGAUUAGUUGAAGAAACAAAACGGCUUGUAAUCGGAGAUCCGUUUGAUAGAUCGACGUCACAUGGACCACAAAAUCAUAAAGCUCACUUAGACAAGCUGCUCGAAUAUGUGGACAAUGCCGUUGCAGAGGGUGCUAAAGUGGCUUAUGGAGGAAAACGCGUCAAACGUGAAGGAUUAUUUUUUGAACCAACAAUUCUGAUUGAUGUACUCGACGAUAACCCUGCUGCCAUCGAAGAGUCUUUUGGUCCAGUUAUGGUUAUUAGUAAAUUUGCCAAUAGUGACAUCGAUGGCGUUAUCAAACGAGCAAAUGCUACUGAAUAUGGUUUAGCGGCUGGUGUUUUUUCAAGAGAUGUUUCUAAGGUACUUUAUGUGUCACGGAAACUUCGGGCCGGUACAGUUUUUAUCAACACGUAUCAAAAAACUGAUGUAGCUGCACCGUUCGGCGGAUACAAACAGUCUGGUUUCGGAAAAGAUCUUGGUGCUGAAGCUUUGAACGAAUUUUUGUUGACCAAAACGAUAACGUUUGAGUAUUGA